AAUAUUUAAAUUUAAUUUAUUAAAGGUUAGGGUUUUUGAAUAAUUCCACAGGAUUAUGUCGUGGUGGUGGAUAUCCUUCUUGUACGUUGUCGAAGCAUUCUGUGCUUUUGGAAUUGUGUUAAAUAUUGUUUUGUAUAUAAUGCACUUGAUAUCUUAUACAUACGCGAAACUUUAUAUGAAUCGGAAACCUCCGGAAUUGAUGAAAGCAGAACUUCAAGGUGUUUCUAUAUUAAAACCUUUAAAAGGAGCAGAUUCUAAUCUUGAAGAAAAUUUAGAAUCAUUUUUUGAAAUUGAUUAUCCAGAGUAUGAAAUAAUUUUCUGUAUACAAGAUGAGGAUGAUCCUGCGAAUGAAAUUUGUAACAGAAUAAUGGCGAAACAUCCAAAUAUUCCAUCAAAGAUAGUAAGAGGUGGAAAAAAGGUUGGGCCAAAUCCCAAAGUCAACAAUUUAAUGCAAGGUUACAAUGUAAUGAAAUAUAAUUUAUUUUGGAUUUGCGAUGCUGGAAUCAGAGUUCUUCCAUUAACAUUACGAGAUCAUGUUGAUAAAAUGACAGACAAAGUUGCGCUCGUUCAUGCGGUACCUUACACAGCUCAUCGGAAAGGCUUUUCAAGCGCAGUUGAAAAGAUAUAUUUCGGUACGCAACAUGCAAGAGUUUAUAUAAAUGCGCACAUAGCAGGGAUUAUAUGCAUGACAGGAAUGUCUACUCUAAUUAGAAGAGAUGUGUUUGAUAAAUGCACGGGAGGUCUCAGCACUCUAUCACAAUAUAUAGCUGAAGAUUACUUCAUGGCGAAAUGCCUUUCUGAUAAUGGUUGGAGGUGUGCACUGUCAUCGUAUCCAGCACUUCAAAAUUCUGGGCAGUAUAGCAUCAGAGGGUUCACAAAGAGAAUGUCGAGGUGGACAAAGCUUCGGAUAGCAAUGGUUCCUUUCGCUGUUAUUUUGGAGCCGUUUUCAGAAUGCUUCCUUGCUGGUCUUCUGCUGGCGUUAUCGUGUCAUCAUUUUCUUGGUUGGAACAUGAUGGUCGUGUUUCUUUACCAUGUCUUGGGAUGGUUUAUUGCAGAUUAUAUGUUCUUCAGGACGCUGGAGAAUGGGCAUCUUCAAAUCAGUAAAAGGGAUUUUCUUGUGGCUUGGUUUAUACGAGAGACAUUGACACCUUAUGUUAUUCUCACCGCGAUCUGGGACCCAACGAUAACAUGGCAAAAUGGUCGGUAUCGUGUAAGGUGCGGUGGUCGUGCUGAAGAAGUCGCAGAUGUUUGACAAUCCGGCGGUGGCACGCAGGACAAUAUCAAAAGAGUGGGCCACAAUCGCCAUAGACUACACAAGAGCAGGAAAGCCUACCUACCGCACAUUUUGUGUGAUUUGUACUCAAGUUUAGUGGCCUCGCUACAGACUUCUUCCAAAUCUCAUACCUUUACUCGUAACCCACUGAAACGGCUACAUUCAUAGCCUUAUUUUUUCUACUUCAUUAUUUUUCAACAAUGCAAGGAUGAUAGUGCUCUCCGAGAUUGUAAGCGAGAGCGGCAUUGUGUUCCAUUACUAACACUCAGGGUUUGAUCUUGAAACGACCUUUAACCUGUGUGAAGGUCGUUAUCUCAUUUUGAAGGUCAUUCGAUUCAUCUUUUUCAUGUUCCAUAAAUUCAUCAAGAAAUUUCAUAAUGUCCAAUUGAUUGGUUAGAUAACUCAGAAACUUGUCUCUUUAAAGAACACAACAAAUUCUAAACAAUAUUUGAAAGCAAAUUUCGACUUUUCCAGAUAAUAUCUUACAUACUUUUUUUGUUAUGCUUUAGGCCUUUCAAUUAUACACCAUGGUCGACAUAGUGGGCAUAAACUACAUCACUGGGACCCUACUGACAUAUAAUGGUUGAUCGCAUGUCUCUAUGAGGCAGUCCUUUGCUAUAUGAGUAAGCUGCCUCAUAAGCUUUUCUCUUCCCCCGCCCACAAAAUAAAAUAUAUGAGAAUUCAAUCCCAACUCCAAUACAACCCUACCUAAAUUGUAGUUUUACCUACAUUAGUUUUGCUGUUCUCUAGCACACUCUAGUGUCAAAUCAAUAAUCUGAAUUUCAAUUCAUCAAUUUUAUUUUGGGGUCGCUCAUGGCAUAAAACAAAACAACAUAACAAUAACAAACAGACAAACAAAAUACAGAGUUACAUUGAAGGCGACUUAACUUGUAAUAAAGUUAAAAACAAACGAAAAGUAUGUGCCCGACUCACAUACAAUGAAGUAUAUCUGCCACCACCAUCACGUGACGGUACUCAUCAUAUAUCACCACCUUUUUGCACAAUUGAAAAUUUUCUUUUAUUACUUGUAGUGUUAAAUAAAUUACUUAUAAUAAAUUUAUGAUUAACUUGUGAGCUCUAACUGAAGGCACUAACCAGGGAUGGCUAAAAUACAUGAAUCAACUAUUCCUAUUU